AUGGCGCCAAAGGCCUUUUCUCAGCUGAGGGCGCGGAUCGCCCUCGGGGCCAGCAGCCUGGUGGGGGUGCAGGGGUAUCUCACAAGCUGGUAUUGGCAGAGGAGCCUUGCAGCGACGGAGGACGUUCCCCUGCUGGCCGCCCUGACUCAGCGUUGCUGCAUGAAUGGUGGCACCUUCUUUUGCGACGGCAGGAUUCCGGGCGCCUCGGGCAGAUACCGCAACGCUCAGUACUACGGAUCUUGUUACAGGGAUCCGGGCGGGUCGACCAUAAAUGUCACCGGUCGCAAGAAGCCCCGCCUCCUGCCUGGGUCAUAUCAGGGCUCGCAGGCGAAGCCAAGCCCCUGGCAAUCUUUGCCCUUGUCAAACCAAGCAUCCUUUCCAAUCAGUCCCCAACGAACGCCCCAGUUAACCCAUUCAAAACCUGGCCCCGCUUGUCCAAGACCUUGGCCAAGUGAUGACGUUUCCCUGUCGAGCCGGCCACUGCUCAUCGCUCCCCUCUCUCGAGCACCGCUGAACCUUGCCAGCUUCUCGGGGUUCACGAAUGGACAAGCUGCCGCCUAUUCUACUCGAGCGACCCCCGGAGCAAGCGCGCACCACAGCCAGCUCAAUGCAUCGCGCUCAUUGUUGAGGACCGCUAACGUCGCAGCUGAUCUGGCCAACGACUCUGCCGAUGUUGAACGGAGGGCGCUCUCAGCCCAGGCGGCUUUCUCGGGGCGCACCUCAGAAAGCGCUUCGCCAAGUAAAAAACCCCCCUUUGCCCACUUAGAAACAGCCAGCCAGUCAGACCCGCAAGCAGGGUGCUCACAAUCGUCAACUGCUGGGGGGGGUGCUACUAAGUCAGAGCGCAGCCCGGAGAGGGCACAAAUGGACCCCCCGUUUCUGUAUCGAGCCAGCUCGGCACGUCCGCAGCAGGGGGAGUCGCAGCAUUGUCAAAUGGGGCCUCGCGACGCAUAUGUGAGGGGGAUGCAUCUGCAAACCAAGCCGGCGGAGCAGGGUCUCGAUGAGGGGUGGUACUUCAACGCAGACGGGUUCAAGUCCGUCCAGUGGGGCAGCAUCCCUGCUGAGGCCUUCGAGCGCUUCAACUGGGCGUACAGCCGCCUCGAGAUGGUCCCUUCCACCACCGGCAGGUUUGUGGCCGUGGAGUUCGCCACUCCUGACCAGACAGAUGCAGAUGGCACGAACGGGAGUCGUGUUUGGAGUGGUGCCGCGGAGGGGGCUGUUACUGUUGAAACCGGCAAGCCACCAGUGGUCACUCAAAAGGUGGAUACAUUUGAAAUUCGGGACCAGAGGUUGAGACCAAGGGGAGUGGAGACGGAGGGAACAAGAGGCGAGCCGGUUGGGGGCAAAGGGGCGGAGGACACACUCGGGGAUCACCAGGAGAACGAACGAGUGGGAGCGGCCGUGUCUGAGGGGGCGUGCGAAUGUGGGGUAGUCGAGAUGCGCGACGUCGGUGACUGGAGGCCCGAGGAGGCGAGUGUUGCGAAGUGUGACGAUUGCAGUGGGGAUGUGAGGGGCGCGAUCACUGCCGAGCAGGGGCAGCCGUUACGAGUAGAGCUGGAGGGAGCGCUUGCAGACCGGAUUCCGGAGGGGAAGACGACCCUGGAAAGAGAGUCAGCACAUGGGGCAGAGCGGUUGGAGCGUAGAGAUGCUUCUGGAAUGUGCGAGAGGCCAGAGGCAGCGACUGUGCUUGGGGCGGAGAAGACAAAUGCAGGCGGGUGUGCGGAAGUAGGGGUGGAGCAGGAUGCGGGUUGGCUGGAAGGAGUGGUGAUGGAACCGGUGCCGGCUCCAGUUCCGACAAGGCCAGAGCCCCUGUUUGGGAGUGGGCUGAACGAGGGUUUGGGAACGAGAGGUGGAGUCGUGGAAGAUUGGAAGGCUGCUCUGCCGCACGAGGGGCUUGAGAGCAGUGAAUCGGACUCUGCCUUCGUGGGGGGGUGGGAGGGCAUCCGAAUUGAGGGAGAGGGGGCGCUUGAGGGGUUGGAGGAAGCGCUAUUAGAAGAGGCGAAGUUGGGCGUUGGAGAAUUGGAGGCCACUAGAGGGGAGGGAUUGGCUUCAGGCGCUUCUGUGGGUGGGGAGGAGAUGGUGCAAGAUGCGGAGGGGUGGGAACUUACGGUCCUGCCGGAGGGUAGCGGAGAGGUUGGAUUGCUUCGAGGGGGGGAACACGAGCAGGGCUGGGGGCCCGUGCAAACGGAGGAAGAGUCCGAAUUUGCGGCUGUUGCUGGGGGGGUGCAGGAAGACGAAAGGGGAGCGAGAGAGUUGUUAGGACGGGUGAACAAAAGGUUCGGGAGAGAGGUCUGGAAGCGCCAGAAGCUGGGAUUGGGCGGUAGCUCGACGAAGCUCUUGUCGAAAGACGUGUGGAGACGAGUGCCGCUCGCCACGCAAGCGGGGCCGUCGGGCCAGACCGCAGAUCAGCGGAGGGUGGAUUCCAGGCCCGAAAAUUCGGGGCGGGUCCGAAGAGGCUCGGAGGAGAAGGGAGGAAGGGGGGUUACGGGUGCGGUUAGGAAAGACGUGCAGGACGCAGAGAGGGGGAAAGAGGGGAAACCCUCAAAGCGAGCCCGGUUGGAAGGCCGGGCUUUGUCACGGGAGUCUCGGGAGGUGGAUGACGUCAGCAGGGUAGGGUCUGAAGCGGAGGCGCAGUCUGCGGAGAGGUCGGGGAUGCUCUCCUGGGCGGAUUUGAUGGCCCCCGCUGCAAAGGUGAAUUCUACUCUGAGAGUGGAUGACGUCAGCAGUGUGGGGUUCGAAGCGGAGGCGCAGACUGUGGAGAGGGCCGGGAUGCUCUCAUGGGCGGAUCUGAUGGCCCCCGCUGCAAAGGCUGAAGACAGUUUGCCCCCGAGGCGGAUGCUGUCGUGGGCUGAGCUGAUGCAACAGGUGGGGCCGCCAGUCGAGGCGGCGACCAGACCGCAUCUCCCGGCAUCGAAAGCGGCGGUUGAGAGUGGGGGAGAAAGUGAACGGGAGUUGCAUGGCGGGCAGGUCGUGAACGAGGGGAUCGAGGGUGUAGAGGGGCGGCCGGCCGGUGUGAACUCCCCAGAGGUAGAAGCGGCCCCCAGGGACGUACGAGGAAGGCAGGAAGAGUCCCUAGACGGGGGGUUGGUGGGCGAAGGGUCAAAUGGAGGAGCGAUCGCAAAAGCAGGGCUUGAGGGGCUGGAGAAGGUCCGACGAGAUAUGGGGAUUGAAGGAGAAAGGUCGGGGGACGCGAAGGAGAGCCUGCUUGCCGACGUCGAAGAUGGGGCUCGACGGGUGGAGCAGGCAGCUGUUGAAGGGCCCCAUGAGGCGGCGGUCUCAAUAAGCGAGUUGCGAAGCUCGACGACGGAGGCAGAGGCGCGAAUCACAUUGGGUGGGGCUGAGGAGGAGCUUCGAAAGGAGGCCGCUGCAGCGAAGGGAGCGCUUGUUUCACAGGAGACGGCGCAGGCAGAGGCAGUGGCAGAGGGGGCACCUCAGGCAAUUGAAGAGAGUCUGAAGGAGCCGGAAGAGAGUCUUCUGGGUCGCUCAAAGGUCCAAUCGGAAAGUGACAUGUGGCAAAAGGCAGAGGCGGUCUCUCCGGGUUUGUCACUGGAGGUGGGGUCCGAGGGGCAGACUGUGCUGCAAGUGGAAAAGAAGCAGGCACGGAGCGUCGAGAGGAAGGCCAACAAGGUGAUGACACGUGGGCAGCUGGUUGAGGCGCUUGGGAAGGCGGGGACGGUGCAGGAGGUGGGGCGGUUGGUGAAGCAAGUCAAGGGAGGCCUAAAAGCGAGGGACGAAGUUUGGGUCAUGAAGGAGCUCCGCUCCAACGGCCAGCCUGUGCCCCCAUACCUCUUCUCUGCGUGGGCUCUCUGCCGCCCCAAGCGCAGACCCAGCCGCUUCCUGGUCGCACAAGCCAUCCCCGCUGCGGCGGCGGUGGGGCGUCUAGACGAGGUCGAACGACUGCUGUUUGCUGAUCUCGCCGCCUCUCAGAAACCGGAUGACGUCACGGUUUCGAUUGUCGACGCCGCGCACCUGGGAGAAGACGUCAGAACCCGGAGGGCCGGUGUUCAGGGAGCGUUAGGUGGGGUUCCGGCGGCAGGCAGUACGGCGGAUGCGACUGAGGGUGUAGUGGCGGAAGCACUUCCGGGAUUGGUGGUGCAGGCUGCGGCGGAGUGUUCUCUGGCGGAGACGUUUGUGUGCAACGCACUGCUCGAGGCGUAUGUGGACGAGGGGCGGUGGCAGGAGGCGCUGGCAGUCUUUGACGCGAUGCGGCCAGCGGGGGUUGGCUGCUCUGAGGGAAAAGACGGAGGGGUAGUUUCGCCAAAGAGGGAAGGAGAGCCGUCGGAACAAACGAGGGGUUGGGUCACUGGUGAGAAUCUGGAGGACUGGGCGGAAUACAGCGACCCAGAUUUGGAGGUUGAGGGGCCGGUAAGGACGAGCGCAAAUUUUGAUGGAGCGGUACGAGAGAAGAGACCGAACGAGGGGGAAGAUGCAGGCAUCGUGCGCGAAGACUUUGGCUGGUUGGAGCAGACGUUUCAGGAGUGGUUGCACCGGGAUGUGGAUCGGCGCGGGGGGCUCAAGCACUGGAAGGACGGACUCACCCUGGAGCUGCCACGUGGGGCGUCCGGAUUGGCUGGCAUCGGGGCGCGCGACGUCUUCAGCUACAACCUGGCCAUACGGGCUUGUUUGAAGGGGAGGCUUGAGAUGGCCCGCAUCUGGACGCUGCGCGAGCAGAUGGAGAGGGAGGGGUUAACGCCUGACCGCGUUUCGUAUAAUCUAACCAUCGCGGCGUGCUCGAAGCUGCCGGAAGGGACCGCGCACUUCACCACGCGCGCCCGCGGGGAGGACGCGCUGGCGCUGAUCGACGAGAUGCAGCAGCGGGGGAUCCCCCCGAACGUGUACACGUAUACAGCAGCUAUCGACGCAUGGGCGCGAGCGAACCAGGCGGUGGCGCGCGCGCUCCAAAGAGCCGAACCGUCCGCGAUGGUGUCUCUGUUCGAGAAGAUGCUGCACGACGGUCAGAAGCCGACCGUCGCCACGUACGGGGCCCUAGUCAACGGCUUCGCCCAAAUGGGCGCGCUCGAAGACGCUGAGCUGGCGUUCGAAAAUCUGCUGGGCUCCGGAACCAAGCCCAACGCGGGGGUGGUCAACGCUCUCCUGGCGGGGUGCGAGCUGGCGGGCGAUUUUGGCCGGGCCAGGAGGUGGGUCGAUCGGCUCGAGAAGGGGGGGGUGUUUCGGUCGGACGAGACGCGGGCGCGCUUGCUGUCGGUGUGCGUGAACACGGGGGGGGCGGAGUGGGUGGCGGCGCGGUGCGAGGAGUUGAGGGGGGGCAACGGGAGCUUUUUGGAAGGCAUGCGGGCGCUGUGCCAGGAGAUUGUUUCGGGAGAUCUUUCGGGGACGCUUCCCGAAAACGAGGCAGAAGGUACGUUUGACGAGCCCGGCCCUGCUGUGCAAGAGGCCGUUCCUGUUGAGGCGCCUCUUUUGCAGUCGCCAGAGUCCGCUACGGAAAACGGAAGUGCCCAGUCGAAGGAUGCAGAUAGCAGGUCUUGGGGGGUCGAAGUCAAGGGAAGUGGACAGAUCGACGCGGCCCUUUAUAAGGUCCUCAUCCAGGCGCUGGCCAAGGCCCGGCAGUUCUCGGAGUUGGCGCCGGUGCUGCGGGAGAUGGCCGGAAGGGGGGCCACGCCAGACGUGGUACUGAUCAACAUCGUGCUGGACACGUGUGCACGUGUCAACGACUGGGAGAUCACGGACGCGAUCGUCGAUGCGCUCGGCCAGUUGGCGCGGGCCGCAAAAGAACAGGAGGUUUCGCCGAUGGGGGCGGUAAACGGCCUCCUUGUAGAAAACGAUUUAGCACAGGGGCAUUCAGGUAACGGCGGAGAGAUCAACGCGGAAGUAGCGACUGGUGCGCAGGCACUGGCGCCCAUUCACAGCGCCGUUUCUUCCCGGCAUGCGGCCGGUGAGAAACGGCACCCCCGCCUCCCCGCGGCCUUCUUUGCGUCGACGUCCGAGCUGCUCGCGGCGAAAAUCGAUGACGUCACCGUGCGGGCGCGCGCGCGCUCGCUGAUGGCCCUGCAGUCCGCCCGAGGGGAAUCCCCCGAGACGGUCCUCGCGUUCUUCAGCACGCUUUGCGACGCCCUCUGGAGCUUCGGGUGGGAGAAGCGCGCGAGUCUGGUUGCGGGCGCGCUCCUCGGGCCGGGGUUCCAGCGGGGGUUUAAGGACCGGCGGCCGGUGAGCAAGGCGAGCGACAAGGAGUGGGCGCUGGACGUGCGGAGAUUGGGCAAAGGGGCCGGCCAGGCGGUAUUGUUCCUGUGGCUACAGCGCGCGCGAGAGGAAUUUCUGGCCGGGGAAAGCGCCCCGGGAAGGAUCGCGAUUGUUACCGGGUUCGACGGCCGGAAGUGGGCCAAGGGCGAGAUGAGGGCGGUGGUCGAGGAACAGCUGGAGGCCCUGGAGGCGCCGUUUCGGUUCAGCGAGAAGAACCCCGGGCGGUUUGUUGGCAACGGGUUCGAUGUGCGCGAGUGGCUCAUGGAGGACGGCAUGGGCGCGAAGCUUGCGCUAAGCGACGGGGCGGAGGAAGCGGAGCAAGCACUCGAGGCGGCAGUCUAAAGGGGCCGGAAUUGGUGCAAUAGAAUUGGUGCAAUAAGGUGAAGCUGGCAGAGUUGCCGACACUAGGAGGCCGAUGCGCUGUAUUGUUGUACCCUGAACGGACAAGCAAAUCCGUCAAAUUGAUUCUUUACAUGUUGCUCCGUAAAUCAUGGAAGGUACAC